UAAGAAGUAGAAUAAAAUUGAUGUACUAUUAAAGAUGUCGACCGCCAUAAUAAUUCAUAAAUGAUGAGAAAGCAAGAGUCAAAAAGUCUUGGAAUAUGAAUAUCUAGUCUCCUAAGUCCCGAGUCCUCCCCUCCCCACGCACGUAAUAACUACUUCCCGAUCUCUAGCAUAAAGAUAAGAGUUAACCUCUCUCUCUCUCUCUCUCUCUCUCUCUAUAAAAUAAAACAAGUGAAAAAAGUAAAAGGGCAGCCAUGGCCGUGUCGAUGUCGAGCAUGCCGGCGGCGUCUUCGAUCUUCGCCAUGUACGCCUCCAUCUCCGCCUUCAUCAUGCUGGUGCAGACGAUGCUGAACCAGCUCCUCCCCCGGCAGGCCCAGCACUUCCUGGUGGAGCUGGUCCGGCGCUACUUCUCGCCCCGGCCGACCCAGGCGACGGUGGUGAUCGAGGAGCGCGACGGCAUGUCCGCCAACGAAAUCUACUCGGCCGCCGAGACGUACCUGUGCAGCCACGUGCGGCCCGACAUCCAGCGGCUGAAGAUCAGCAAGCGGUACAAGGAGCCGGCCCUCUCCAUCCGCUUCGCCAAGUGCGAGAAGAUCCUCGACUCCCACCACGGCGUGGCCCUGGAGUGGCGCUUCGUCAACGAAGAGCGCAAGAAGAGCUCCAAAGUCAUCGACGAGGACUCCGACAACGUCCUCAUCGAGUCCGAGAAGAAGUACUUCGAGCUGAGCUUCGACAAGAAAUUCAGAGACACCGUGCUCGAUUCCUACAUCCCCUCCGUGCUCGACCGGGCCAAGAUCAUCCGAGCUCAGAAGAAAGUCGUCAAGCUCCACACCCUCGCCUGCGCCGCUUCCUACUCUUCUUCCUUUGUUUGGGAUUCCAUCAACCUCGAGCACCCUUCCACUUUCGACACCCUUGCAAUGGAGCCCGACCUCAAGAAGAGAAUCAAGGACGAUUUGGACCGCUUUGUCAGGAGAAAAGAUUUCUACAGGCGAGUUGGGAGGGCCUGGAAGAGAGGCUAUUUGCUCUAUGGCCCCCCCGGAACUGGCAAAUCCAGCUUGAUUGCUGCAAUGGCCAACUACCUCAAGUUUGAUAUCUACGAUUUGGAGCUUACUAAUGUCAAGCGUGAUUCCGAUUUGAGGAAGCUGCUGCUCAGGACUGCCAACAGAUCCAUUCUUGUCAUCGAAGACAUUGAUUGCACCGUCGACCUGCCCGACAGGAAGCCCGCCGACGCCGGGAACCACCGCCCGCGUGAUCAUCGGUUCACACUAUCAGGGUUGCUGAACUUCAUCGACGGGCUAUGGUCGAGCUGCGGCGACGAGCGAAUCAUUAUAUUCACGACCAACAACAAAGGCAAGCUAGAUCCCGCAUUGCUCCGGCCCGGCCGCAUGGACAUGCACAUUCACAUGUCGUACCUGACGCCCGAUGGCUUCAGGCUCUUGGCGUCCACUUAUCUGGAAGUCCACGCCCACCACCCGCGCGUCUCCGAGAUCGCCCAUCUCAUCAACCUCAAGAAUGUCACUCCCGCUGAAGUCGCCGAAGAGCUCAUGAAAUGUGACGACGUUGAUUUAUCCCUCGAUGAGCUGCUCAAUUUUCUCAACACCAAAACUAUUACUACCGAUAUUAAAGGCCUCCAACAAGUGGAUCAAGGCACUGCCACUCCGCCUCCUGAUUGUGACCUUCAAAUAUGACCCAGAUUAAGAUCACUACUAAAUUAAAUAUUGCUGCCUUAUCUUUCAUCACAUGUUGCAUGCUUUUGCUCUUUUAAUUAUUCAACUUUAAUUUCUCAUCCCCUAAAUUCAAAUGAAAUCAUCUUAG